GCGCAGAACAUGUUGUAAACAAUGAGAGCAGACCGUCUCCAGCUUUGUGUCUGUCUAACAGUUAAUCUUUGCAUAACUAACAACGCUUUCUCACAGCUCCGCGUGUAUUAAAUAAAAAUGUUAUUUGGGAGCUGAAGCAUGGAGGCGGUUCUGAUCAGGCUGAGGGGGCUGAGUGAUGAUGAACUACGCAAGGAGUUUGCCCGAGCAGAUGUCAAGUGUGGUCCUAUAACCCCUACCACUCGUGCCACCUUUGAGAGGAAGUUAGCCCGAGUGCUGGCCGGGCCCGAGAGCAGCGCCACUGAAACGGACAGCAGCUCUUUGGGGAACAGUGAGGCCUCCGUUACGGAUAAUGCCAAACCUGUGUCGUGUGCCACCUCAGAAGCUGUACUAACCACUGCUGCAACAAGACGCAAACCCACUGAGGCUGCCACGGAAGAGUUGGACUUUGGCUACGGAGUGGGUCUCAACCCUCCUGAGGAAGAGGAGAUCGCCUUAAAGACGACCUCAAACAGCUCACCAGAAGGCAGUAACUCUCAGUCCCAAACGGAAACCCCUUCAAAGCCGGCACUAGUGUCUCCAACCUUUUAUUAUGGAGUAUGUCCGCUGUUGGAGGAUGUUUUGUCUAGAAGUGAGAGAGCACAUGUAUACACGGAGAGGAAGGAUGCCCUUCAAGCUGUUAAGUUGAUGAAGGGCGCUCGCUUCAAUCGCUUCUCCAACCGUGAGGAUGCUGAGAAGUUUGCCAAGGGGAUCUGUGAAUAUUUCCCCUCGCCCAACAAAUGCACUCCCUGUGUGUCUCCUGCCAAACCGGGUCUGGUCGUCAGUAAAGACCUCAUGGAGGUUGACACCAUCAACCGGGAGCGGGCCAACAGCUUUAAGAGCCCGCGCACCCAGGACCUGACGGCCAAACUGAGGAAAGCCGUGGAGAAGGGAGACGAGGGGGCCUUCAUCGAGCUGGUCUGGGACAACCCGCGCUAUCUCAUCGGCUCAGGAGAUAAUCCCACUAUAGUGCAGGAGGGCUGCCGGUACAACGUGAUGCACGUGGCAGCAAAGGAGAACCAGGCGGGAAUCGCUCAGCUGCUGCUGGACACUUUGGAAAACCCCAAAUUUAUGCGACUCAUGUAUCCAGACGACCAGGAGGCCAUGCUGCAGAAACGCAUCCGCUACAUCGUAGAUCUUUACCUCAACACUCCGGAUAAGGCUGGCUUUGAAACCGCUCUCCACUUUGCCUGUAAGUUCGGCUGCCCAGACGUGGUCAAUGUCCUGUGCUCGCAUCCUGACUGCGAUAAGAGUCGCAAGAACAAGGACGGCCAGAAGCCUUGUGAUCUUAUUUGUAGCAGAAAAAAUAAAACCCAGGAUGUGAAGCAGAAGAUAAGUGACUAUUUGGAGGACCGCUGCUUCAUCCCGUUGCUGAGGGCAGCAGACAACUCCUCUCAGCCUAUCAUCGGGGGUCUCUGGUCCCCCGAGUCCUCAGAGAGUUUCUCCAUGAUCAAUCCGCACACCAGGAGCCCCAUGGACCCCGUCAUGACUGUCACAGCCUACGCCGGCCCGCUGAGUCCCUCUAAAGCAAAUGAUUUCCGUCGGUCCUGGAAGACGCCGCCCAGAGACCGGGGCGAACUCUUCCACAACAUCCUGAAGUCUGAUCCAGACCGCGGGGCAGAGAGAGUGGGCAGAGAUCUGGCUCAUGCGAUGGGCCACCCGUGGGCUGAGUACUGGGACUUUCUGGACAGUUUUGUGGACCUGUCGUCUGCUGAGGGGCUGCAGAAGCUGGACGAGUAUCUCAGCAAGAAGGACUUCAGCCCACGCGGUCACGAGGAGGCCGGGGAGAACGAAACCAGCAACAAGUUCAAAACCCCGUCUCCAGCCAAGCCCAAGAAGUUCUGCAACUCCAUCUCCGUCGGUGCCUUCCUGGACGAGGGCGACGACAUGAGCCUGGAGGAGAUGAAGAACCGCCAGAACGCGGCGCUCACCAGCAUCACGUCCUGCGCCGCGUCCAAGGACGGCCUGAAGGGGGCGGUGGGGGGCCGCGAGUUCCACAUCCUGCCCAUAGCCAUGCUGCACCACCGCGGGGCCGACCUGAUCGAGACGGCGGCGGAGCAGCAGGAGCUGCUGUGUUGCUGCGACGACGGCCUCCUGUCGCCCGGCGUCUCCUGCAAAAAUGGGCUGUGCUCCUCCUCCUCCUCCUCCUCCUCCUCCUCCUCCUCCUCCUCCUCCUCCAGAGACAGGACUCACAACGGGGACAAGGUGGCCCCUCGCACCUCCCCUUCCUCCUCCUCCUCCUGCCUGCUGUCGCCCAUCUCCAACCUCAUGGUGGAGUUUGAGCGCAUGUCGCUGCAGGAGGCGCACAGGGACCCCUUAAGCUCCUCCUCCUCCUCAGCCUCGGACCUCAGCACCGGGCUGACCCGCCUGUCUCUGGGUCACAGCGGGCAAGACGGGGAGGCCACAGAGGCUGGAGAGGAGGAGGAGAGGCGCAGCAGCGGCAGCUCGGAGGAGUUCUUUGAAGCAGAGGAGAGUCUAGAGGGGCUGGGCAGGACUAGGGGGGCAGCGCCGGGGGGGAGGAACUUCUGUGCCAGGUCCAAGUCGUGGGACCAUGGGGGGAGGGACCUGAGCAGCUCGGGGUCUUCAGGCUCCUCUUACAAGUCCUUGGAUAACUCCAACGAGUUUCUGCCCAGGACCCCACCAAACAUCAGGAGAGGACUGUUCAUCGAAGGGGAUUCACCUUCCAAGCUGGACAGAGAGGUUUUCUCAGCGAUAGAAGGCUUAGACAUCGACCUCCUGAAGUAUCCCAGCAUUCACAAGUGGAAGAGCACAAUGAUCUCGUUCUCGACUUCAGACAUGCAGAGCUGGCCCAGCCCUGCGGUGGUAAAACCACGACUCAGGAUGCAGCAUCAGACCCCCGGCUCCCCGACCAGCAGCCUGAUGUCGCCCAGCGCACGCUUCAGCCCCGCCCGGCACGCCGCGUCGCCAGACUUCAGCCCAAGCCGCUACAGUCCUGCCAAUGCUAGCUACAUCAAGCGCAUCCGCCUCAAGCACUUAAACGAGCCAUCGGUCUAACUGCCCCCCCUCCCCACUUCGGCCAUACCCUCCUCCCCAGCCCUCCCCACUACAAAUCCAGCUGCACCAAGGUGGCUACGCCCGAGCUCAGAAAACACAACAGAAAUAUGCACAAGCGCCUGGAUUUGUAUUUGCGAUGUAUGGUACUAUAAUGUAAAACAGGAAUUGUCAUCACGUUGGGUUGUGAUGUCCACUGAAGACUUUUAAAAAGGAAAUAAAAAAGAUAAUUUAUGUACUGUAUGGGUGUGGACCAUGUUGAAUUGACGGUAAUGUUAUUUGUGGCAAGUGUGAAGCACCUGUAUCAUAGCCUGAGUCAACCUUCCCCAAAGUUAGUUCAUCACAAAACCCUCAGCGAGGAAUCCUCAACAGGAUCGGCCCGCUGAGGAUGUCCUUUAAACAGUAAAAAUGUCAAUAUUUUAAAAGUUAUUUUUUUGUAUGUUGGUCAGUAGCACAAAAUGUAAGUGUUUUUAUUAAUGGUGUUUAAACCGACUGCCAUUUCCUACGUUUUCCUCAGUUCAGGAAUUGCCUUACUUUUCUGACGUCUGGACACACACUCUCUCUCUCUCGAGGUCACACAAGAAAAUCUGGAAAUGGCGGUCACAGGUGGCUAUGGCUAACAUGGGAAAAACCCAAUUAGACUGAGAUCUUCCAUGUUUUUUAUUUUGUUCUUCAAUAAAUGCAUACAUUUUCCAUCUUUUCUCGGUGGUUCCUGAA